AUGGGCCAGCAAGCCUCCGCACCGGGGCCCCCCACAACGCCCAUGCAAGUCCUCGGCCUCGGCAUGUCCCGCACGGGCACCUCCAGCUUCUCCGCCGCGCUUGAGAUACUCCUGGACGCGCCCGUCUACCAUACAGGCGCGCAGCUCGUGCAUGGCACCUCGACACACAUGCACCGCUGGGUUGAGAUCACCAGCCGGUACCGCGACCGCGAGUUCGUGAAGGAGCGGCUUCGGACGCAGCUGAGCGGGUUCGCGGCCGUGACGGACGGCAUGCCGAUACAAUUUGCCGAAGAGCUGGUUGAGCUAUAUCCUGAUGCGCUGGUGAUUGUCACGACGCGGGAGGCUGAGAAGUGGUGGAGGAGCAUGGAGCCUGUGGCCAACAAUGCGGCGAAUGGGUGGUUGGGGCUGGUGUUUUGGCCGGUUCCGGGGUUGAGGUGGUGGAAGGCUAUGGUGGACGCGCAUACAGCUGGCCGGUGGGCGGAGCUGUAUUACUACAAUGGCGAAACGAAGCCCGGGGUCUUUGUCUAUGAGAGGCACAUUGAAUAUUUGGAGCGGGUCGUCCCUCGAAAGAAAGUCUACUACUACGAUGUGAGGGAGGGGUGGGAGCCGCUUUGUAGUAUUUUGGGGAAGCCGGUGCCAGAUGUGCCGUUUCCGCAUAUCAAUGACGCAGAGUCGGCAGAGAAGGUGUUUGUGGAUUGCUUGAAGUUGGCACUGAUGUACUGGGCUGGUAUCAUUGGCGCUGCUGCAGUCGGAGGAGCUUUGCUGUGGAGCUGGUUUCGGUGA